GUGAUUUGCUCACUGCGCCGAAGACAGCUGGAAGCUGUAGAGGAGGAGAAGGGGUGUGAUAAUGAUGGCUGCAAAAGUUGGGUCGAUGAAGGAGAAUGGCGAUGUUGUGGGAUUAGGUUGCGAAGUGUUUGGUGAAGAGAGGGUAGAUCACCGUCAUGACAUUGAGAAUGCAUCAUUUUGGGACACAGCAGAGUGCAAUGGUAACCAUCCAGGAGUCACUGUGCUGCAGGAGCUGCCACAGGUUGAUGAUGUUCAAAAGGCCCUCUCCGCAGCGAGCAUCAACUCUGACGACGUUGAGGUUUUCGACAGCUUCGUAGUCGCCAACAGGGUCAGUGAGAGAGGCGCGUGGGCGCGGAUUGUUGAUGGCAAAAAGGGGUCUGGGGGGGGGGGAGAGAACGAAGAGGCGGUCAUUCUGGCUGAAACAGACACAGAUGCUCCCACUGCCCCUGUGAAUCAUCACCACCAGCCGCAGGAGCAUGGGGGGGGGAAAGUGAAGGUGCAGGUCAUGGAAAGAGAUGUCCCCAGAGGAUGGCGGCUAGUGAUGGAUGGGACAGAAGACAGCAAGGCAUGGGAGAGCAGUGAGAGCAGCGAGAACAGUAAGGCGGAAGAAGAGAAGGGGCCAGACGGCAUUGGUGGAAGCGAUGAUGGUGAAGAAUGGAUCCGAGUCGAUGGAAGGGGAGGAGGAAAGAAUCAAUCGCGCGGGAGGAACCGUAAUGGCAUCCGACAGCUUUCGUCAACAGGCGCUGGAGGAAAGGAGAACUUUUUUAUCGGGUCCAUUCGAAAGGAGGAAGAUAUGAGGGGCCUACGUAGGAUAAGAAAUGUCGAGAACCAUCAACUCCAGGGCCUUACCCCUUCUUGUAUGCAAGAUGCAUUGUGCAACAAAAUGGGUCUUGUGGGCUUAGCAGGGUCCAAUAAUACGAUGAUGAAUAAGCUGGACAGGAAGAAAGCGGUGAUAAACCAGCCACGGGGGAAGGAGGCACUCUGCAAAAGAACCAAGUUAAAGAGCGCUGCUGUUAGAGAUCAGCCCCAGACAUGCGAGCGGCCCGGGAAGGCCCCUCCUGGGGAGGCAACAUCAUGGAUCAGGGCUCUACUCAAGGGCCAGAAAUCGGACUCGGAGAUUGAAGGGGUUGCCAGUUGCUCUCCGAUUGACGGAAAGCAAGGAGGGGAGAACUUCAAGGAGCAUGAAAGAAGCGCAGGGGUGGUCCCCCUGCCACUGACUCAGAGGGGCCAAUGCCCAUCUGAUGCAUUUAAAAGUGCAGUGGUGGGUGUCGGCCAUCCCAUGGCCGGUAAGGUGUGCCUGUUGCAAGGUGGUUCCACAAGCGGCGAGGUCGAGAAGCAUGGUGAUGUUCGAAGAAUGGAACCGACCAUGGAGAUUGAAGAAGCGAAGGGCCUGAGGGAGAAACUGAUGCAGGCUGAGGUCGAGAGCGAGGAGCUGCGUGUGAAGAUCGAAGGCCUGUUUGAAAAACUCGAGCGGUCGUGCAAAGAGGGGGAAGAUCGGGAGAAAGAGAUGCAGAAGAAAGUCGAGGAAGCGGAGAUCGCAGCAGAAAAGCAACGAUUGUUGUCGGAGCAAGCCACGGCAGAGAUUGUCAAGCUUAGGAGUCUCAUGCGAGACAGGGAACGGGAAAGGGAGAGGGAGUGCCUACGUCUGCGAGCAAGGGUGGAGGAACUCGAGGUUGCGGCAGGGGCACAGAGAAGGGAGAUCGAGGCAUCUCAGGAGGAGAUCAGGGGGCUGAGACAGGUGCUGUCGAGUAGAGAUCGCAAUUGCUUGGAUAUGGUUGCAAGCCAACGUAAGGAGAUAGCUGCUGCAGCCGCUGCUAUCGCUGUGUUGGUUGCUGCAGGUCGAUGGGGGCAUGGGCCUGAUGAGAGUGUGAAUGCCUCGGGUGGUGUUGCCCCUGGAUCGGCAUUGGCACUGCACCGAUGUGCUGCUGCAGCUAACAGGAAUGUGACUACUAGUGUGCAGAGUAACCUGAAGGAAGAAUUGAUGGAUGGUGGUGGCAUUACGAGCAAUGUCGAUUCGAGUAAUGCAAAGGGGAACUUUGUUAUUGAUAAAGAGGCAACCAGGCAUAUGCGAGAGAUAAUGAGACAACUGGGGGAGGAAGGUCAUAGUAGUACCGGUCUCACAGACAGAGAUAGAGCUGCCAUAGCCGAUGACUGGAAGCGAACAACAAGUAACAGGUGGGAGAACGGAGGAGAUGCUCCAAGCUAUGCAAGCAGUCCCUCAUGCAGGAAAGGCAGUCGUGCGUGCUUCUCCAUGCCAGCAACUCAGAAACCUUCUGCGACUGAGAAUAACAACAAUAACAACAACAACAACAACAACAACAACAACAACAACAAUAGCAAUCAUAAUAAUAAUAAACUCAAGCAAGAGCGUCAAUGUUUACCCUUGCAAUCUCUUGAAAACUCUAAUGCAGCUUUACGGUCAUUGGUCCACAAGUAUUGGGGAGACGGCAGCAGCUCUCACCACAAGGAUGUCUUGGAUGCUGCAGUCGCCACUGCGACCGUUGCUGCAUCUAUGGCCUUCCGAGUUUCAAGCCUGAAAGAUGAUCCAGGAAAUCAUCUGCAAACACAACAACAGCACCAACCUCCACAGCAAGCACCGCCACCGCCGCCACCCCCACCGCCGCCGCCACCACCACCGCCAUCAGCACCACCACAGCAACAGCAACCUCCGUGCACCAUCUCCAAACCGCUUACAGCAAUUGCAGCAAUGUCCAAUCCACCCACCAGUCACAACGCCACAGAUACCCCUGGUAAUGCAGCAGCUGUUGCAAAGGCGAACAAUCGAGCAGAUAACAAUCUUGUAGUUCCCCACUCUCUCAUCGUCGCAGCUGGCAGCAGGGAGGGCACAAACCCAUCAGCACGGGGUGGAGGGGUGUCGCCGAUCCCAGCAGUUCAGAUGCAUCACCCUGGUGUGAAUGUGCCAUCUUCUGUGUGCUCAAGCUCGCCCUUCCGAGAUGUACUGCGGCCAGUUGGGGGGUCUACGGGCUAUGGGCCCCGGGCGGCCCACUGUCCUCAUCCAUCGUUCCCCAUGCACUCCACUUCAAUGGGCACUGCGGGUCCUAUCAGCCUUCUAACAUUCAACACAUCAGCAGUGGGGGGACCACCACCGUCAGCAGCUGCAGCAGCAGCACCCCCGCCACCGCCACCACCAUCUGCUGCUAGAUCAGGCACUCAACUGCAGCUACAUCCCCCAGGAGUGCCAUGUGGAAUGUCUGACGAGGUACAGCAAAUGCCACCACCACCCCCUCUCCCGUCUCUUGGAUCUUUCCCGGUUGCCGUUCCCUCGCCAGGAGUUAUGGGAACGGUUCUGGCAGAGUCGAUCCCUCGUUCCUCGAACUCUGGAUCGAUGCUCCACUCUGCUUCUCCUAUGGCCCCAGGAUCUGGGAUCAUCCAUUCAGGCCAUCUCAUCCAGCAACCGCUGACCACUGUCGGGUUGCCUGUACAGCAACAGCAACACCGAGACAGUCGUCGCGGCCCUGCCAAUGGACUAUUUGGACUAGCAGCACAAUGUCAUCCAACUCCUGGUUCCGUCCAACCUGGCGUAGCUGCCUUGCCUACCAGCUUGCAGGCUGGAAUGCGCACAGGCCUCUCCACAGGGAUGCAAGGCAUUCCAGUCCAAUCAUCGGUGGGAUCAGGUCCUGGAGGAUUACCCCAGAUGACAUGUAGGAGUGCAAGUAAUGGCAUGCAAGGCUGCAUGCGCGUCAAUUACCCCCCUCAUGACCACCAUAGUGACACCUCGACUCGGUUCUGCACGUCGGAUGCAAAUACCAAUCCAUCUGCUGCUGCUGCAGCAGCAGCAGCAAAUCACACCCCACGGGGCACGACAACGCAGAGUGAAACAGCACCCACGCUUGAAGGACGCAGCUGGAUCUGGGAGACAACCUCGCGAACAUGGUGUGCAAGUUUAGGAAACGGCGGGGGACUAGGAAUUGCAGCGGGAGCAAUGACAAGGUCCUCAACCGAAGGGAGCCUAAACCUUCUGGGCUUGGAUGACAGUCGGAACUUCCUCUCCUUCAUGCCUUGGGCAGGUCCAAAGGCGACACCCGAGGGCGGCUGGUUUAGCCUAGUUCCAAGUCCUGCAAGCGAAGAAGUUCGGUGAUCACGAUCAGGCCAAGAACCGCAACAAACACACUACAAUCGC